UGAGGAAUAACCGGUGGGUUUUUCUGCUUGAUAAUUUUAGAGUUCAAAUAAACACCAGUAAGCUGAGAUUGGAAACAAGAAAGCUUUAAUUUCCCCUGCCCCCUUGUACAGAAACACAUGAAUUCAUGCUCGUGUUGUUUGUGCAGGGGAGAUCAAGCCGUGGUUCUCUCUCACUCCUUUGCAGUGGGUGACCACCCCAACCCACCCCCCUUCACUGCUGUCAAUGAGAGGUUUGUCCACACAGACACCUUGUAGGUUUCUUUUUUCAGACUUAAUUUUCCUUUUUUUCUACUUGCUGCUUAUGUUUGUGUGGAAAAUCCCAGUAAAAGGUAAUGAUAAAUGUUCUCCUGCCGUUCCCAUAACCACAAAAAGUUAAAUGUGCUAAGGCCCAACUUACACAGUGCCUUGCAUGAUGUUUAGCUGAUGUCUCAGAGAGAACAGGAUGUGUUUAGGCUGAUAACCUGACUUUGUUUUAAUAUCUUCUCUUUUUUUUAGCAUAUGAGGUGCCUGGUUAAUGAGUACUUUCUGUUUUUUAAUGGUAUGAUCUAAUUUGUACAAGCCAGUUUUGGAGUGCUCUCUGCCAUGUAACAAAUGCACAAAAGCCCAUUAAUUUCCAGCUCAGGUGGGGGGCAGGGAAGGAGCAGCUCCUUGAUUGCUGCAUGAAACUGCAGAAAUGCACGCAGGGGAAAUGUGCAGUAGACCCUGAGGGUCUCACUCAGCCUCUGAGUUUGUCAGUAAUGGACCAGUGGAAGAUCUUGUUCUUAGUACUGAAAUGUGCUGGUUUCUGUCUUUGGUACAAAGGGGAAGUGCUGGCAUGUGCAGAUUGUGUGACUGCCUUGUCACCUCCUGUGACAAGCACAGGACCUGUUUCUGCAGAGUUGUUUGGAUCAGUAGGAGUGGGAAAAAUAGGAGCUGUAGCAUUUUACCUGCUGCUGGAUGUAUUUCUGUGCUUGGAGCUCCUUUGCAGACAGAACGUGAUGGGGCUUUGCUCCAGGUUUCAUGGGUGAUGUUGAAUUCGAUGCUGGAGCUGUCUGAGGUUUCUUUUGAGCAGGAUCCCCAGGUAACUGCCUCACUCCUUGUUCCACUGCAGGGACAGUACUCUGCUCUCUCUGGUUUUGAGGCUUCCCCUCUCAGCCAGGCACUUCUGCAAAGGCCUGCAACAAGCAGUGAUUUAAAGGGACACCUCAACUGUGACUGACUGCCUGUCAGAGAAAGCCAAAAAACAAAGAGAUCCCUUAGAUCUCUACAGAAAAAUCUGUAUCUGAAAUUUAACACAAAAUACUUGUGUCAUAUUUUCAGACCAUAAAGUACUGACAUUGGGAGUGUUUGUGUACCUCAUUACUUGAAGGGAAAACGUGGCAUAUUUAAUCCUCAACAGUUCAAAAAAAUCCUAAUGAAAUUCUUCCGUGACAGUAAGCUGGAGCAUUCCCCUUUUUAUACACUUCAUCCUUCCCCCAGUCUCUGUUGGUGCAAAUGUGAUUUGAAACAAGCCUGUUUUCUGUGGUGUGACCUUCCCACGAGCCCCCAGGCGGGCAGGGACGAUGGCAGAGCUGGCAGGAGCGGUGUCUGUGCACUUGGGAUCCCAGGAGGAUGCUGGCCCUGCCCUCCAGAGCCGACUCUCCUGCAGGACUUCCCAGCGCUUACCGGGCAGUGGAGACCACCCACGGCUCCCAGUCCACCUCUGUAAGUAUUCCACCCAGAACUGGAUGCCACAGGGCUGCUCUGGCUGUCAGAACCUUUUAGCUCUGAUUAAGGCCCUUGUUUGCUGUGCCCACCCUGCAGCAGCUGCCCGGCGAGGGCAGAGCAGAGCCCUCCGUGCUGGGGCUGCGGGCUUUGGGCUGGGCUACCCCAAUGGCUCCUGUGUUAUUCCCGUGCCUAGGGAAGGCAUUCCAGGAGCAUCCCCGUGGCCUCUGGGAAGGGCUCACCAACAACUGCUCUGUGUGCACUGGGCUGGCAGGGGCCGCUGCCUGAGGCUGGGCUGCUGUGGGCUUUAGGCACAGGUUUGGGAGGGUGGAGCUGCCUUCGGGAGGAGCUGCGCUCCUGGAGCCAGAGCGAGGGAGGCUCUGCUGGGCUUUGCACUCUCUCUACACACUUGCCGUUGUGAAGGGAAUUAUUUUUUUAUCUGUCUGGACAAGAUUUUUCUUAUAGCAGUGACAGUCCCACAUUGUCUCAUACUUUGAAGAGUUUUAAGGAUUCCUGCCGAGGCUGUUCCUGAGGGAAGCCAUGCCCUGCCACAGAACCCUUCGCCUGGUCCUGCUAACGCUGUGUGGCAUCCUGGUCCCUGCUGUGCUGGCAGCAGAGUACCCACAGGGCCCGGUCCCCACCUUGUGGAAUGAGCCGCCCGAGCUGCCCUCCGGAGCCGGUCCCUUCGAUGCUGCCACCACCACUGCCCGGCUGUCGGACACCACCGCCUUCCCCCUGUACACCUCGGAACUGGAGCCUGAGGACACCACCCACCUACACCGACUGGACACCGGGGACGGCUCACUGGGGCCUGGAGCUAUCGGUGCCAUUGUCAUCGCCUCCCUCUUGGGGACGUCUGUGCUCGUGGCGUUGGUCAUCAUCACUCUGAGAAAGUUCUCGGCCUCCUGAACUCAAUAAAAGAUUUUUCUGUUACACAACCAGCCCAUCUCCUGCUCCCUCUGUGCCUGGGACCCUGGAGAAACGCUGCCUCAGGUACAGCAAAGAGCACUCCAGGCCCUCUGUGGAGCAGCCAGGUUGCACCUGAGUGCUCUUUGCUCUUAGUGUGCAUAUCUCCUGGAUGCACCCAGACCUGGCAGGCUUCACCCCCCUGGUCACAAAGGACUUGUGGCAGUGUGUGGCUUGAAGUUCAAGGGGGGCCUGCUGGGUCCAGCCUGGUGAUGAUAACAGUGUGGGGCAUCCCUCUGCACAGCUUUCCUGGGAAGGGUUGUUCACUGGCAUAAACUACCCCACGUUCAUGUGUUCAACCCCA